UUUUUCGUCCUUAUUUUAUUCUUUAAUCAAAAUUGAAAUUAUUCCACGAAUUUUGGUUUUCAUCUUCAGUACCGGCUGCUCGGUACUCAGAAUCCAACAAAGGAAAACCCACAGCAAGUUCCUGCUAUAGCAUUGCGAGGUAUUGUCAGCCUUUAGAUAGUGCCCGAAAAUGCGAUCGUUAAGCAUCGCUUUGACCUUUGCGCUGGUCGCUACUGUUCUCAGUCAGCGUACCACCACAACAGCGACGACCACCACUGCCGCACCAACCACUGCUACUACAACAACAGAAGAUCCACUUUUCAAUGAAAGACUGGUCCAGACUCAAGCAAUGAUCGAGACCGCAAUAAGAAUGUUCUGUUUACCAUCGUCUAACCAAGAAGAGGACCCCGUUGAACUUUGUAUGACUGGCGACUUUAACCAGACUUCAUGCGAAAACAGCGGAAAGCCGUGUUGUUACAUUUUAGACGAAGAGACGAACGAGGCAACGUGCCAGAAAAAGAGAGCUGAGACGUACGUUAUCGCCAGACUUGAAGAAAUGUACGACACAGUAUCAGAAAACUCUUCAGACAUCAAACAGAGCUUUCCUGGAGUCCAGGCAGUAGUUGACUGUACAUUCAGCAGCCAGCCAACCUUAUGCGCAGGAAACAUUGUGGUUAUUAUUCAACGUGCGAUACGUCUUGACGAAUCAGCGAUUCGAAGACUACUCGACUGGGGUCCAGCUUUAACACAAAGGCUACUCGAGCCUGGUGUUCUCGUCGAGGCCGACCGAAUAGCCUUGUUCAAUGCUUUACGCAUUUUCCGAGAUAGAACCGGGACUCCAAUUGAUUUACCAGACAAUAUAAUUAUCAUCACCACCACUACCAUCCCACCACCACCAAGAACCACCCAAACUACUACCACACCAGCACCAAUAAUUUUUGUGCCCCAGACAACGAUCCGUGACCCAGGAUUUCCAAGCAGAUGCUUUUGGUAUCCAUGGUCAGGUUGGGGCCGAUGUGAAGGUGUAUGCGGAGCUGGAGUCCAAACCAGAUUCCGUCGUUGUCAAAACUGUGUACCUGGUACCGGUGCUUGCCAAGGGGCUUGUGUGUUUAAAAGGAGCUGUGCCAACCCAAUUGGAAUGAUCUGCGGGUACUGGAGUGGAUGGUCAGGAUACAGUCCAUGCAGCAGCAGUUGUGGUGAUGGAGCACGAACACGAACCCGAUCUUGCCAUGGUGGAAACAUUGGACAAGUCGGAUGUAUUGGGGCAUCAUCUGAGUCUCUGGCUUGCAACACUGGUCUUAACAAUCGAGGUACUUUCCUUAACUGGUCAGUGUGGUCAGUCUGCUCGGUUUCAUGUGGUGGUGGAACAAGAUCACGAUCAAGGACCCACACUUGUGAUGGUCCCAUCUCGGAACAACAGGCUUGUGGAACAGGAAUAUGCUGCGGAAAAUUGGAAUGGUCCGGUUGGAACGAAUGCAGUACAACCUGUGGGCAGGGAACUCAAGUUCGAAUUCGAUCAGAUAUCUGCCCAGAUGUUCCAAAUCAAAGCGAAUCUCAAGCUUGCAAUCUAGGUUCUGGUAACUACGGACCAUGGAGUCCAUGGGGAGAUUGUAGCAGCACUUGUGCAGGUGGAAUCCGAUCCAGAUCUAGGUCUCAUUCAUGCAGGGAAAACCUGGAGGUUGCACAAGAACAAUGCGGUGCUCUUGGAGAUUUCUCUGACUGGUCAGCACCAGAGGCAUGCUCUUCUACUUGCCCAGGAGGUACCGCCCGAAGAACCCGUACCCACAGUUGUACCAAUAAUGUUGAGCAGGACGCUGUUCCUUGCGGACCAGCUGGUUUCUACCAAGAAUGGACACAAUGGUCAUCAUGCAGUAACACAUGCGGUGGACAACAAUCACGUGUUCAAAGACACACCUGUGGAGAAACACCUCGCGUUGAAAAUCGUCCAUGUGGAGGAAAUGGAGUGUAUGGUCAAUGGACCGGUUAUUCCCCCUGCUCUCAGUCAUGCUCAGGAGGUACUCAAACGAGAAGACGAUUUGACGUUUGCACACGAGAUGCACAAACCGAAACCCAAGCUUGUGGAGCGUUUGGAUCAUGGGGAGUCUACUCUUCAUGGAGUUUGUGUUCAAGAACCUGCGGUGGAGGCCAACAAUCUCGAACUAGAGUACACUCAUGCCCUGCCAAUCUUGGAGCUGGCAACAACGGUGGUGCUGAACAAGAAGUCCGUGCAUGUGGUACUGAAAUCUGCUGCAACUAUUUCGAUUACGGCGAAUGGUCUGCAUGUUCCAGGACCUGCGGCUACGGAUCCCGAUCAAGGCGACGCGUCAGCAACUGCCCCAACCGUCUUCCAGAAGUCGUACAAAACCAAUUCUGCUACAUUUCUUCCGGUGAGCUUGGUGAAUGGUCACAAUGGAGCGCUUGCAGUCAAUCUUGUCUUGGUGGAACUCAAACCAGAACGAAAAUCCACAGCUGCAACUCGGCACUUAAUCAAAGACAGUCUCAAUUCUGUGGUGUUGACGGAGGCUACACACAAUGGUCAGCUUGGGGACAAUGUUCACGCACCUGCGGUGUUGGAUUCCAGGCCAAACGACGAACUCACAUCUGUGGAACCAAAGAAGCUCAAGUUGAACAACAACAAUGCGUCAUCGAACCAGCAGCUUUCGGAGCACCAGGACCAUGGGGUCCAUGCUCACAGACUUGCUCUGGUGGAAGACAAACCAGACGAUACGAACAUAACUGCGGUUUGCCAGACAGGUUCGAAUCACAAGAAUGUGGUAACCCUGGCAAUUUCCGAGAGUGGGGUCAAUGGACAACAUGCUCCAGUACUUGCACCGGCACUAGGAUCCGUCGCAAGUUCCACCAAUGUACCACAGAAUCGGAUUCUGAAACCCAAGCCUGCGGAGGCGGUGGUAACUACGGAGUAUGGACACAAUGGGGAGCUUGCUCGCAAGUUUGUGCUGGAGGCACACAAGUGAGACAAAGGUUCCACAACUGCGGAUUGCAACCGGAUGCUGAAUCACGACCUUGUGGAGCCGCUCCAUCAUAUGCAUUGUGGACAUUGUGGGGAUCUUGCACAGCUUCAUGCGGUGGUGGACAACAAUCCCGAACAAGACGUGGCGUUUGUGGAAAUAGUGACCAAUCUGAUACGCGUGAAUGUGCUACAAACCGAUGCUGCGGGCUUCUUGAUUGGGAACCAUGGAGUGCAUGUUCUGUGAGCUGUGGCUUGGGACGUCAACAACGUGUGAGGAUGGACAUCUGCUCUGAUGGUCGACCUGUUGCCACCGACUUCAAACAAUGCAAUGCUGGAUCCGGAUCCACGAGCGAAUGGACGCCAUUUGGAGCUUGUCAGAAUCAAUUGGGAGAAGUUGUACAGUGUGAUGGUGGAACUCAAUCUAGAACUCGUGUCAAUACUUGCUCCGGACAAAUCAUUGAUACCCAGGCUUGUGCAACUAACAGAUGUCCAUACUGGUCAGCAUGGACAAGAUGGACUCUUUGCUCAGUUUCCUGCUUCAGUGGAUCCCGAACAAGACAGAGACGUUGCGUCUUGGAAACAACAACACUCACAUGUCCAGGCAUUGGAUUUGAAUCUGAGGAAUGUAAUGCCGGAGCUGGAGAUUGGUCUGUAUGGAGAAGCUGGACUGCAUGCUCUGCUUCAUGUAACGGAGGAUUCAGAAGCCGAACACGAUCCCACAGAUGUCAACAAGAUGAGAGCCAGACCGAAGCAUGCAACACACACACUGGUUCCUAUACUGUGUGGUCAAUGUGGACAUCAUGCUCCAGCAGCUGCGGAGGUAUGCAGACUCGAAGCCGACAACAGACAUGUACACAACAACAAGAAAUGGAAGAAAGAAUGUGCAACACAAACCCAGGGCCAUAUAAUGAGUGGCAAUUGUGGACUCCAUGUUCUGUAUCAUGCGGGGGUGGAAACCGUAGCAGAGCACGAACACACCCAUGUGGCCUUCUAACUGAAGUGGUAACAGAGGAAUGUAACACAUUUAGCGGCGUUUUCACUGACUGGACUGGAUGGAGUUCGUGCAGUGCUUCCUGCGGAGGAGGUUCCUCAAUGAGAAGACGAGGACACACAUGCGGACUUGAAGACGAUAUGCAACCAGGCGCAUGCAACACACAACCUUGCCCAUAUUGGUCGGGCUGGACUUCAUGGAGUCAGUGCCCAGUUAGUUGCGGUCAGUCACAGGUGACCAGAUCUAGGCAAUGCCAAGGUGGAACCCCAGGACAAGAUGGUUGUAUGGGAGACUUUUUCCAAAGGCAAGAUUGCUUUGCUCCACCACAAUUCUGGCAAGAAUGGACCGCCUACACACAGUGCUCUGCUAGUUGCAAGGGCGGAGUUCAGAGAAGAUUCCGAUCCCACUCUUGUCAGGAUAGCGAAGUAGAGACUGUUGAGUGUUACACCACCCCUGGAUCCAAUGGAAUGAAUUGGCUGCGUAUAGUGCACUGCACUGCUUCAUGUGGAGGUGGGGUUGCCCGAAGAACAAGAACACACACUUGUGGAGAGAGGCCACAACAAGAAACCAUUGAAUGCAACACAUUCCCAGGUGCAUUCGGUCUAUGGACACAAUGGAGCGCUUGUACCAAGACUUGCGGUGGUGGACGAAAAUCAAGAAGCCGAACACAAAGCUGCACUGGACAAAUCGUCUCGGACUCCACCGUUUGCAACGAUAACCCGUGUGCUAUCUGGGAUGGUUGGAGCACAUGGGGACCAUGCAGCGCAUCAUGCGGUGAUGGAAUCAAGACCCGCUCAAGAAAAUGCCGCGGAGGAGCAGCUGGAACAAGUCUUUGCCUCGGAGGAGAAACUCGCUCUACAGCAUGCAAUGCAGGACCUUGCUGUGACUUUGGAUGGAGUGGUUGGAGUGCGUGCUGUCUUGAUGGCACCAGCCCCAUCCGUCUGCAGGUUCGUCUCCGUGGUAAUGGAUGUACACAACGGUGGGAAAAUGUAACAAGAAUCUGUCCACCUGGCACGAGGGUUAUUAAUGUGCAAUGCACCAACCACACACCAUUGUUCCAACAAAGUGAGCGCCGCCGACGAAGAUCUGUAGAGAUUGAAAUGCCUUAAAUAUCGUUGAAUGCGAGCAUUCAUCUUUCAGCAUUACUAAUAAAGUUUUGGUGUUUUUCAUUGCAAGUUAAAAACGGUCAUGUAACUUCACAAAUAGUCAACGCUGUGCCAAUCACACAAAUUCCCACUUUUUAAUCAGCAUAAAAUGUAGAUAUUCCAUGUCAAUCAUAAAACCAAUACGAGCAACACGGUGCCCCAACUCUUUUCAAUCCAAAAAAUGCGUUUUCUUGGUGGUUUGGUUUGUUUUUUGAUUUGUUUGUGUUGGAUGUUUGAUUUUUUGUAUAUACGAUCGGUUGCUGCACAUAAUAUAAAUGCUUUUACUUUGAGCACAUAUUGAAUGACUAAUAAAGUAAUACGCGUGAAAAAA